UCAUCAUCAUCAUCAUCUUCAACCUUUUACCAUCACAGUGAUUCUGUGCAACCAAGAAAAAACAUUCAACAUUCAAUGUUCAAUGUUUUUCCUCAUCUCAGUUCAGACCUAUUUCAUCUCAUCAUGAGUUACAGGUUUCUCUUUAUCAAUCCUUUUACCUUACAUCAAAUCAUUAAACCUCUCAUCAAGUCAUUUGAUUGAAUUUUUUCAACAGCAAACAGUAAAAUCAAGAAAGGUUUACAUUCAAAUUUGCCUCUCGCUGUUAACCGUUUGUCAACAUUACAUUUGUUGUUAACUUUUUUUGGUGUUUUAAAUCUUUAAAUUGUAGUUUUAUCUUGUUAAUUAUAUUUUUAAUCAAAAUGUUGACUAAAAUCUAAUUCUUCAAUUCACCAAGCUCCAAAUUUCACCAUUAAACCGACUUUCAACUGAAUUUUACCAUUUUUUAGGUUUUACUGUUGCUACUUGAAUCUGGCGCUAUGUUUUACCAAUCUUUUGUUUUCUUUUGACUUUUGCAUGUUAAGUAAAACAUUGACUUCGUUAAUUAUAAUUGGACUUGAAUUUUGUGACUUAACCAACUAAUUGUGUAGUUUUAUAAUGAUUAUGGUGACAAUUUUGGAUCAAAAUCGUCCGUUUACAGUGAUUUAUCCUUUUUUAAUGAGCUAACAUAAACCAAAUUUAGCUAAUACUCUUUGGUUUACCUCUUUUGGGUUUCUGUUUGCCGGAUUUAGUGUCAACAUUUCCCUGUAAAAAAUGCCUCUUAAACCAAUUUUGGUGCUCACCUGGGAUAUUUUGAUGGUUAUUACAAUUAAAAUAAGAACAACCAAUGGCAAGGAAAACUGUACAUUUGUAUUUGAAAGUCGAAAUGCUAAAUUUGGUAAUUUUUCAUCGCCAACCUGGCCUUCCAAGUAUCCAAACAAUAUGAGAUGUAUUUACUAUUUCCGUGGUGAACCCUUUGAGACCAUUAACAUUACCUUUCUCGUCUUUGACCUGGAAUCUCCUUUCCCUAAAGGAUGUUUAUCCGAUUAUAUCGACAUUUCAACGAUCACUGCCUUUAAUGUUAAAAGAUUAGUUGGACGUUAUUGUGGUUCCUCUGUGCCUUCACCGUUACUCUCAAUGCAUCCAAGGUCUGAGAUUAUUUUCAAAUCCAAUCAUGUUAUUAGUCGACCAGGAUUUUUUGGUUUCUACGAAUUUCUCGAUGAAAGUUUAAUUGGUCCGCCAUUAUCAACAAUCAAUAAGGAAUGCGGUGGAGAAGAGAAGGGAUUUGGUGGAGUUAUCAAUUCACCCAACUAUCCAAACUCAUUUCCCAAGCAGAUUGAUUGCAUGUGGCUUAUCCGAGUUGAACAACAUCAACACAUUUACCUUAGAAUAAUUUCACCAUUUUAUCAAGUCAAAGCAAACCUCAUUAAGUUUAAUUUUGCUCUCUUCUUUAUUUCCCCAUCAAUUACAGCAAACUGUAAAGAUGCUCAUUUAGCUGUUUAUGAUGGUUAUGAAAAUUACGAUUAUGAACAUCAUGAGCCUAAAAAAUAUUGUGGUGAUCUCAAGUACUAUAAAAGUCUGGAUGAUAAAGUACAAUUGAGUGCUAAUAACCGUCUAUUAAUCAGAUUCAAAAGUGACAUUUCAGCUCCACAAUGGGAAGAGCAAGUUUCGUCACAAGAAGUUACUGGAUUCAAAAUAAUAUGGACAGCAGUUACAUUCAAACCUAAAGGCCAAUGUAACGAUUUUUUGUGCAGCAAAAGUGAAUUCUGUUUGACGCCAAACAGUGGAUCAACGUGUAAACGCAAAGAAUAUUUUUGCAUCGAUAAAUCAUUGAAGUGCGAUGGAACGCCUCAUUGUAGUGAACAAGAUUCAAGUGAUGAAGACCUAUGUAAUGUUUCCUAUCGUUUGUACAUAAUUUCAAGUUUAAUUGGAACAAGUUUAAUUGCUUUAAUGUUGACCUGUUUCAUCUGUCACCGUAAACGUAAAUAUCAUCGAUCCCUUCAAAAUGGACUUCACGGUUCACAAUCGUCUGCAUUUACCCUGAAAACAUCAGACGGUUCAAUAAGUGUCAAACACUUGAGUCACAGUCCACAGUCUUCCUCACUGAUGAUUGAUCAGGCAACCGGACCUGAGCUGUUGUUGCCCCUUGAAACGUAUUACCAUUCAUCGGAAAAGGAAACCUUUUUCCCUUGCAAGGAGACACCAUUGAUGGGGUCAAAGAUGAAAAAGUCAACAGGAUCACCAGUUCAUUACCCAACUGGAUCACUACGAACACCCAAACACUUGGCCAACAGUCACAAGCAAAACCCUCUCCUUUCAGGUAAACCCGUGUCAUCACCAUCACUGGGUAACAUUGCCUCCUCCUGUUCAUCUCUUAUUCAACCCGGUAAAGUUCAACCCUGUUCAAUACAUGGCCAUGGAUCAAAUUUAUUUCAAGUGCCUCCUUCCCUUUGUCCUUCCCAUCAAAAUUUGUACACUUCACAUGUAAUAUCAAACAGCCUUGGGACAUCGAGAGAGUUGAAAGCCAACACCAUCUCUUUGGUUAACCUUAAAUCUUGAACAAAGGCGAUCGUCUACAUGAUCAAGUGUUAAGAACAGAAUGCUCUUCAAACUCAUCUUUACCCAGAAAUAUACUCAUUAGGAACCAUCAUUUACAAUUUGCUUUUCAUUCAAAAAAAUAUCUUCCAGUUGAUUUUCUGGUUCAGUCAAGUCUCGAGAUUGUGGGAAAUUGAAUUUUUGUUUGAAAAUGUUAUUCAAAGCGUCAAUUGACAAUCAUUGAAAAUGUUCACAAACUAAUUGUCAAUCAUUUUGUUAUCAACUCUUAACAAUUGAAUUGAAAACCAAAAGAUUACUUGAAACUGGAUUCAGUUACAUUUACCUAUUGUAUCUUCCAUGCAACAGCCUGAAGCAACAACAGGAAUAACGAAAAGAAAAAGUCAUCGCUCAACUUCUUUUUUUCUGGUUUUCAGGUUUUUCCUCUCAUCAAUUUCACACAAUUUUUCAUUCUGCCAAUAACUGCCAAUGAAUAAUACCAAACUAAUGAAACCAAAGAAAUGAGAGAAAACAAAUUCCAAUCAAUAUUAUCAAAAUUCACUCCCAGUCUGUUGAUUUUCCUAAUUUUUAUCCCAACCUUUUGUUUAACUUUGUGUUGAAACUUGUAA